CUGUGCAGACACCGGUUUAUGUCCAACCGGCGUCAGCUAUCAAAAAAGGCACGAAAUGGCACAACUUGUACAAGUGUCACAAGUGCCACAAAUGGCAGAAAUGGAUAUGCUCUAUAGUAUGGGCCCUGCUGCCAGUGUCCCAACUGUUCAUUUUGUUUUAAUGAUCUUUUUGCAGUUAUUUAUGCGAGUUGGGCACCACAGCCAUAAGUUGGGUGCAGCAGCCAUAGGGAAUUGUUCAAACCCAUGCCGUAUCACAAUGGAAGUCCUCAAACUUUGGAGAGUCACCAGUCCUUCUGGACUCCACCGUGUGCCCGUUCCCAAAGCGAUGUCCUUUUUGUCUUUCAAUGGCAACAGUUUGAGCAAACUUCAGGAGGGCUCACUUUCACGUACGCAUCGAGACCUCAGCGGCAAUCUUAUUGAGAAGCUCACUCCUGGGGCAUUCGAGGCCCGGCAUGGAAUGCAGUUUUUGCUCAAGAUGGUUCUCAACCAUCAUCCGCUGAAAGUCAUUGAUGAUGCCAGUUUUUACAGGCUUCCCUCACUGAAGCUUCUAAACCUUAGUUCUACAGAAAUGACCCCAAAGAUAUUAGAGGACCUGCUCCAGACCUCCCAGCAAUUGAAGACUCUCAUCUUGCCUAACAAGAUAUUCUGCUGUCUUUGCCGUAUGAAGGAUGACAUUGAAGUUUUGUCUGAUACGAUAAAGUUGGACUGCACCGACACAUGUACCACAAACGAAACUCUCUGCGAGAAAGAUGAGGCUUUGAACAGGAUGCAAAAAGAAGUCAUGAAGGCGUUGGAAAUCAGGAAGCUGAAUGCCAGCAGUACACUGAACAUUUUGCCUGAGAAACUUUUACACAGCAACAUAACAAUGAAGGUCACCAUGAGGCAGAGAAACACCAAUUUAGGUGAACUCAACCCACACCUUUUGAAAUCGGUCCAGGAAUUAGAGAAAGAUGAGGCUUUGAACAGGAUGCAAAAAGAAGUCAUGAAGGCGUUGGAAAUCAGGAAGCUGAAUGCCAGCAGUACACUGAACAUUUUGCCUGAGAAACUUUUACACAGCAACAUAACAAUGAAGGUCACCGUGAGGCAGAGAAACACCAGUUUAGGUGAACUCAACCCACACCUUUUGAAAUCGGUCCAGGAAUUAGAGAAAGAUGAGGCUUUGAACAGGAUGCAAAAAGAAGUCAUGAAGGCGUUGGAAAUCAGGAAGCUGAAUGCCAGCAGUACACUGAACAUUUUGCCUGAGAAACUUUUACACAGCAACAUAACAAUGAAGGUCACCGUGAGGCAGAGAAACACCAAUUUAGGUGAACUCAACCCACACCUUUUGAAAUCGGUCCAGGAAUUAGAGAAAGAUGAGGCUUUGAACAGGAUGCAAAAAGAAGUCAUGAAGGCGUUGGAAAUCAGGAAGCUGAAUGCCAGCAGUACACUGAACAUUGUGCCUGAGAAACUUUUACACAGCAACAUAACAAUGAAGGUCACCGUGAGGCAGAGAAACACCAAUUUAGGUGAACUCAACCCACACCUUUUGAAAUCGGUCCAGGAAUUAGAGAAAGAUGAGGCUUUGAACAGGAUGCAAAAAGAAGUCAUGAAGGCGUUGGAAAUCAGGAAGCUGAAUGCCAGCAGUACACUGAACAUUGUGCCUGAGAAACUUUUACACAGCAACAUAACAAUGAAGGUCACCGUGAGGCAGAGAAACACCAAUUUAGGUGAACUCAACCCACACCUUUUGAAAUCGGUCCAGGAAUUAGAGAAAGAUGAGGCUUUGAACAGGAUGCAAAAAGAAGUCAUGAAGGCAUUGGAAACCAGGAAGCUGAAUGCCAGCAGUACACUGAACAUUGUGCCUGAGAAACUUUUACACAGCAACAUAACAAUGAAGGUCACCGUGAGGCAGAGAAACACCAAUUUAGGUGAACUCAACCCACACCUUUUGAAAUCGGUCCAGGAAUUAGAGAAAGAUGAGGCUUUGAACAGGAUGCAAAAAGAAGUCAUGAAGGAAUUGGAAACCAGGAAGCUGAAUGCCAGCAGUACACUGAACAUUGUGCCUGAGAAACUUUUACACAGCAACAUAACAAUGAAGGUCACCGUGAGGCAGAGAAACACCAAUUUAGGUGAACUCAACCCACACCUUUUGAAAUCGGUCCAGGAAUUAGAGAAAGAUGAGGCUUUGAACAGGAUGCAAAAAGAAGUCAUGAAGGAAUUGGAAACCAGGAAGCUGAAUGCCAGCAGUACACUGAACAUUGUGCCUGAGAAACUUUUACACAGCAACAUAACAAUGAAGGUCACCGUGAGGCAGAGAAACACCAAUUUAGGUGAACUCAACCCACACCUUUUGAAAUCGGUCCAGGAAUUAGAGAAAGAUGAGGCUUUGAACAGGAUGCAAAAAGAAGUCAUGAAGGAAUUGGAAACCAGGAAGCUGAAUGCCAGCAGUACACUGAACAUUGUGCCUGAGAAACUUUUACACAGCAACAUAACAAUGAAGGUCACCGUGAGGCAGAGAAACACCAAUUUAGGUGAACUCAACCCACACCUUUUGAAAUCGGUCCAGGAAUUAGAGAAAGAUGAGGCUUUGAACAGGAUGCAAAAAGAAGUCAUGAAGGAAUUGGAAACCAGGAAGCUGAAUGCCAGCAGUACACUGAACAUUGUGCCUGAGAAACUUUUACACAGCAACAUAACAAUGAAGGUCACCGUGAGGCAGAGAAACACCAAUUUAGGUGAACUCAACCCACACCUUUUGAAAUCGGUCCAGGAAUUAGAGAAAGAUGAGGCUUUGAACAGGAUGCAAAAAGAAGUCAUGAAGGAAUUGGAAACCAGGAAGCUGAAUGCCAGCAGUACACUGAACAUUGUGCCUGAGAAACUUUUACACAGAAACAUAACAAUGAAGGUCACCGUGAGGCAGAGAAACACCAAUUUAGGUGAACUCAACCCACACCUUUUGAAAUCGGUCCAGGAAUUAGAGAAAGAUGAGGCUUUGAACAGGAUGCAAAAAGAAGUCAUGAAGGAAUUGGAAACCAGGAAGCUGAAUGCCAGCAGUACACUGAACAUUGUGCCUGAGAAACUUUUACACAGCAACAUAACAAUGAAGGUCACCGUGAGGCAGAGAAACACCAAUUUAGGGGAACUCAACCCACACCUUUUGAAAUCGGUCCAGGAAUUAGAGAAAGAUGAGGCUUUGAACAGGAUGCAAAAAGAAGUCAUGAAGGAAUUGGAAACCAGGAAGCUGAAUGCCAGCAGUACACUGAACAUUGUGCCUGAGAAACUUUUACACAGAAACAUAACAAUGAAGGUCACCGUGAGGCAGAGAAACACCAAUUUAGGUGAACUCAACCCACACCUUUUGAAAUCGGUCCAGGAAUUAGAGAAAGAUGAGGCUUUGAACAGGAUGCAAAAAGAAGUCAUGAAGGAAUUGGAAACCAGGAAGCUGAAUGCCAGCAGUACACUGAACAUUGUGCCUGAGAAACUUUUACACAGCAACAUAACAAUGAAGGUCACCGUGAGGCAGAGAAACACCAAUUUAGGGGAACUCAACCCACACCUUUUGAAAUCGGUCCAGGAAUUAGAGAAAGAUGAGGCUUUGAACAGGAUGCAAAAAGAAGUCAUGAAGGAAUUGGAAACCAGGAAGCUGAAUGCCAGCAGUACACUGAACAUUGUGCCUGAGAAACUUUUACACAGAAACAUAACAAUGAAGGUCACCGUGAGGCAGAGAAACACCAAUUUAGGUGAACUCAACCCACACCUUUUGAAAUCGGUCCAGGAAUUAGAGAAAGAUGAGGCUUUGAACAGGAUGCAAAAAGAAGUCAUGAAGGCGUUGGAAAUCAGGAAGCUGAAUGCCAGCAGUACACUGAACAUUGUGCCUGAGAAACUUUUACACAGCAACAUAACAAUGAAGGUCACCGUGAGGCAGAGAAACACCAAUUUAGGUGAACUCAACCCACACCUUUUGAAAUCGGUCCAGGAAUUAGGUAAGCUGAAACCUGAAGAGGUCCUGCAAAUCAAGUGGAAUGACACGUCUGAACUGAAAAAGCUGUACAUGCUGGCCAAUUUGCUACAGAUGGCACUCAGAGAACAAGUUACAGAAGACUUGAUAAGUUACAUUCUUAUCAUUCUGAAACAUGUCAGGGAGUCAAGCCAGCAAGACCGCUCUCUGCAUGAGGAAGAAACAGCGGCUCCCAGUACCACUACCACCACCACUACCACCACCACUACUACCACUAGCACUACUAGUCCCACUAGUCAGAGUUUGCUGCUGGAGGGUACGUCCAGCUCUUCCCAAAAUGAACCUAGUGAAGGAAACUCAGAGCAGACAUCAGAGAAUGCACCAUUAAUGGCAAAGGAGGCUCUGCUCAACCAGCUCACGCGUGGAACUCAGGAAGGUGGUGUGCCCCAAAUCCCAGGAGAUAACGCAGAGGCACCCCAAAUCCCAGGAGAUGACACAGAGGCCUCCCAUGAGACACACUGGGAGCAUCAUGAAGUGAAGACCACUGCUCGCCACAAGCUGAACAUCUUGCCCACUGAUGAUGACUACUUGCUUCAAGGGGAUCUUUUUGAAGCUGAGCUGAACAAGCGGCUAUCGCCCCUUAUCCCAAACACACCAGUGAGGAACCUCAUAUCCCACACACUCCGUAUCCUCAAAAUGGACUGUACAGUGUCCAGGGUCCAGUUGGCCUGUGCUACGCUAAUCUCCAGAACAGGUCUCCUCAUGAAACUAUUCAGUGAGAGAGAAAACUUCAUGGAUAACUCCGCCUUGUGGAAGUCAUACUUCUUGUCUAUGAAGUAUGUCUCCAACUUGGCCACAGGAAGUCCAAGAAAACUGGGGAAAUCUGAAAUUGGAAGCCAGGGAAUCCCAGAAUAUGGCUAUGGCAAAAAGCUGUUGUUUGCUAUUUCAGUGACUGCAGUGAUAAUAAUCAUCAUUUCAGUAAUUGGGCUGAUUGAGUCUUCCAGUGCAGGUUCUUCAAUGCUCGAUAAGCCUCUUUGGCUCAAGUAUAUGUACCAGCUUCUGGAUGAAGUACGGAAAAAGAGCAUGGUGGACAAAAUGCACGAUGAAGAAUCCUCUGAAGACGAGGAUAUAUUCAGCUGGGCAAGAGUUCCCAGAGCUCCACCAGGUCCACCAAGCCCAUCACCAGUAGAACAACCGCCUUCAAGAAGGCCCAGCUCAAGAAAAAUGUCACAAAUGACUGCACCGUCCCCUGCUAGAAAGCCCAGUUCCAAGACACUGUCUGCACAUCCGUCCCACUUUGCACCUCAAUCCGCACCUCCAUCUGUGCCUCCAUCAAUGCCCAUGUAUAUGUCUCCGUCCGUACCUCCAUCCUUACCUCCAUCCGUACCUCCAUACAUAACUCCGUACGCCCCUCCAUCUGCAACUCCAUCUGUACAUCCAUACGUACCCCCAUCAGUAUCUCCAUCCAUCCAUCAGUCCGUACCUCCAUCUGUACUUCAGUCUGUACCUCCAUCCGAAUAUCAGUCCGUACCUCCAUCUGCACCUCACUCCGCACGUCCGUCUGUACAUCAGUCCGCACCUCCGUCCGCACCUCCCUCUGCAUCUCACUCCGCACCUCACUCCGCACGUCCGUCUAUACCUGCACCUGUGGAAGGAGCUCCGCACACACCAUCACCAAAAUCAUCAUUGACAAAGCCCCCCAGUGAAGCUUCAAAACGAGGAUCGACGGCAGAAGGUGGCGCUAGCACAGAGUCAAAGAAAGCAAGUUCGGGUGCAGGAAGCCAAGCUGGAGGAAGCCAAGCUGGAGGAAGCCAAGCUGGAGGAAGUGAAGGUAGAGGAAGCGCAACGGAAGAAGAUUGACCUUUGUUCGCUUGUAAAUAAUGUUAUAUUAUCUGUAGAGCUCUGUACAAAGUUCUGUUAUUAUUACUAUUAUAAUACUAUUAUUAUUAUUAAAUACAUAACUCCAAAAGACA